AUGGAGAGUAAUGUUGUGUCACGGCCGCAUUCGAGGCUCAAAUUUGACGUCUUCCUCAGCUUCCAAGGCGAAGAAACGCGCGACAACAUCGCUAAUCUUCUCUUUGUCGCGCUCAAGGAAAAGAAGGUGCGAGUCUUCCAAGAUAUAGAAAUCGGGGAGGACAUCCAACAAUCUAUCAUAGAAGCCAUGGAGAACUCGGCGGCCUACAUCGUCGUCUUAUCCUCUAAUUACACUGCAUCUAGGUGGUGCCUAUAUGAAUUAGCUACGAUCUGCGACCUGAGUUCAUCUUUGAGACGUCCGUUAUUUCCCAUCUUUUAUCAAGUCGAUCCCUCCCAUGUCCGCAAACAGAGCCAUGAUAUCGUGGAGGAUUUUAGACCAUACGCCACAAGAUUUAGCGACGAGUGUAUACAGCGAUGGAGGAGAGCUUUGAAUUUAGUCGGAAAUCUCUCUGGAUUUGUUUUCAGCCCAUACGGAUCGGAUGUUGACAUGGACAUGAAGAUAGGGCUCGUGGUGAAAUGGGUUUUAGCGGAAUUGGGAAAGACACCAGAGGAAGUGGGAGAAUACACGGUUGGGUUGGAAUCACGUGUCGAGGAUUUAAAGAAUCUGCUCGACACUAAACCCGUUUCUCAUGUUCAAAUGCUGGGACUUUACGGUAUGGGUGGUAUUGGGAAAACGACGCUUGCAAAAGCCUUGUACAACAAUAUCGUCGGAGACUUCAAGGAACGAGCUUUCAUCUCAAACGUUAGAGAAAGAUCAUCAGACCCAGAUGGCUUACAAAGAAGUUUCAUCAGUGAACUUUUCGGUUUGCAAGUAAAACAUGUUAACAGAGACCGAGACAAGAUCAUAAGAGAGCGUGCUUCUGGGAAGAAGAUUCUUGUGGUUUUAGAUGAUGUUGAUAAGGUAGACCAGGUUGAUGCGCUGGUCGGUGAAAGAAGUUGUUAUGGAGAAGGAAGUGUUAUAGUCAUCACGACCAGAGAUGAAGAGAUUCUGACGAAGCUCUCAGUGAACCAAAAGUAUGAGGUCCAGUGCUUGACUGAGAUGCAGGCAUUGAAGCUGUUUAGUUAUCACUCACUACGAAAGGAAAAUCCAACAAAAAGUCUAUUGGACUUGUCCCAAAAGAUUGUCCAAAUAGCGGGGCUGUUGCCACUCAGCCUUGAAGUGGUUGGCUCUCUUUUGUAUGACAAGAUUGAGAGGAGGGAAUGGCAAGUUCAACUGAGGAAGCUGAAAAUGAUCCAACCUAACAAUAAUCUUGAGGAUGUGCUGGCUUUGAGUUUCAAAUCUUUAAACGAUGAAGAAAAGCAAGUGUUCCUCGACAUUGCGUGUCUCUUUCUCGGAAUGGAGAUGACAAAAGAAGAUGUGGUUGAUUUACUGAAUGGAUGUGGGUUUAAAGCCGAGGCUGUUCUCAAAGUUCUCAGACAGAAAUCUCUUGUUAAGAUCACGGCAGAAGGAACUCUGUGGAUGCAUGAUCAGAUUAAAGAUAUGGCUAGGCUGAUGGACGUUAGAGAAAAUUCUGGAAUGCAAAGUAGACUUUGUGAUCAUGUUGAAAUUAUGGCCAUAUUAAACGACCCCAAGGGAACAACAUCCAUCGAAGGAAUCGUAUUUGAUUUCACAAAGCGUGUAGAUGGAAUGGCGUUGAGGAAUCUACAGAACAACUCUGUUUGUAAUUACCUGAGGAAUAAAUUUAUAAGAUGUCAAGACGAGGAAAAGCCUGAAACCACCAUUCGAGUAGACUCUUUUGUGCCAAUGACUAAGUUAAGACUUCUUCAGAUUAAUCACAUGAAACUAAAAGGAAAUCUUAAACUCCUCCCAUCUGGACUCAAGUGGAUACAGUGGAAAGGUUGCCCAUUGAAAAAUCUUCCACCGGAGUUUCUUUCCGGGCAACUUGCUGUCCUUGAUCUUUCAGAGAGUGGAAUCAUACGAGUCCAGAGUUUGAGCAGCAGAGGGGUGGUUGAGAACUUGAAGGUUGUGAAUUUGAGUGGUUGCCACAGAUUAAAAGCCAUUCCUGAUUUAUCACAACAUAAAGCCAUAGAGAAGCUUGUUCUAGAGCGAUGCACGCUUCUGGUGAAGGUUCCUAGAUCAGUUGGUCAUCUGACAACAUUGCUUCACCUGGACCUCAGAAACUGUCCAAAGCUUGCUGAAUUUCUUGUGGAUGUCUCUGGACUGAAGCAUCUUGAAAAGCUUUUUCUAUCUGGCUGUUCAAAUCUGAGAACGUUACCAGAAAACAUUGGUGCAAUGCAAUGCUUGAAAGAGCUUCUUCUUGAUGGAACUGCGAUAGAUAACUUACCGGAAACGACUCAUCGCCUCAAGAAUCUUGAAAAGCUUAGUCUUAAGGGUUGCAGAUUUAUAAAACAGCUACCUUUGCUUGUGGGAGACUUAGGAUCUCUGGAAGAGCUUUAUCUUGAUGAUACUGCGUUGGAAAAUCUUCCGAGUUCUAUUGGAUAUUUAAAAAACCUCCAGAAGCUGCAUUUGGUGCGCUGCACAUCCCUUUUUGAGAUUCCUGAUACUAUCAAUGAGCUCAUAUCACUGAAGGAACUAUUCAUCAACGAGAGCUCGGUGAAGGAGCUACCUCUAAAACCAGAUUCACUUCCAUGUUUGACUGACUUUUUAGCAGGAGGAUGCAAAUUUCUGGAACAAGUUCCGAGGACAAUUGGUGGAUUAUAUUCUCUUCUCCGACUUCAGUUGAAUAAUACCCCAAUUGAAGCUCUACCAUACGAGAUUGGCGACUUGCAUUUUAUUCGCAAACUUGAGUUGAGUAACUGCAAAUCUCUGUAUUAUCUGCCUGGAUCAACGUGCAAUAUGGACACACUCGAAAGCUUACAUCUUGAAGGCUCUGACAUUGGGGAACUGCCGGAAGAUUUUGGAGAGCUGGAAAAUCUAGUACUGCUACAAAUGAACAAAUGCAAAUGGCUCAAGAGGCUUCCUGAAUCAUUUGGAGGCUUGAAAUCUCUUCGCCAUCUGUACAUGGAGGAAACUUCGGUUGCAGAGCUGCCAAAAAGUUUCGGAAACCUCUCAAAUUUAAGGGUGCUGAAAAUGCAGAAGAGGCCACUAUUUAGACGUUCUGAGAGUGAUGCUCCCGAACCUCGUUUUGCUGUACCAAACUCUAUCUCAAACCUCGUGCUGCUUGAGGAACUGGAUGCUCGCAGUUGCAGAAUAUGGGAUAAACUUCCAGACGAUUUCGAGAAGCUUUCCUCUAUGAGGAUACUGAAUCUUGGGAAUAAUUACUUUCACAGUCUUCCGUCUAGUCUCGAAGGGUUAUCAAAUCUCAGAGAGCUUUCAUUGUAUGACUGCCGAGAGCUCGUGUGUGUUCCCCUUCUUCCAUGGAAACUGGAGAAGUUAAACCUGGCAAACUGCUUUGCAUUGGAAAGUAUAUCUGACCUCUCAAAGUUAGAGAUCUUGCAAGAUCUCAAUCUCACAAACUGUGAGAAAGUUGUUGAUAUUCCAGGCCUAGAGCACUUGACGGCCCUGCAACGAUUAUGCAUGAGCGGCUGCAACUCCAGCUGCUCCUCUGCAGUAAAGAAAAGACUUUCCAAGGUAUUGCAGGUUUCUUCGAAAAUUAUGCGAAAUCUGAGCUUGCCUGGAAACAGAAUCCCGGACUGGUUCUCACAAGGCCCUGUCACAUUCUCAGCUCAGCGGAACAGAGAGCUCAAAGGCAUAAUAAUUGCUGUUGUUGUGGCUCUUAACAAAGAAACCAGAGCUGACUACAUGCUGCCUGAUGUGAUUGGUGUUCAAGCUCAAAUUCUCAAACUUGGUGUACUUUUACACGCCCACACAUUGCACCUAUCUAGAGUGCCUAGAACAAAUGAUGAUCAACUCCACAUCUUCCAAUUCUCAGCUCUGCACCCACUGGUUACUGUGUUGAAAGAUGGCUACACUUUAGUGAUUAAAAGAGUAACACCAUUCAAACAAGGCGUUGAGCUUAAGAUGCAUGGGAUUCAUUUGGUUUACGAUGGUGAAGAUGACUCUAAAAGCAAUGAACGGUUAUUGACUGAGACACAACUAUCCGUUCCUCAGAAACUUGGCAACUUUUUCAGCUCUUUCGAAGAAGUGUGCAGAUAA